AUGUCUCCAAGAGUUAAACCUAGGGUCAUAAUUGAGGAAAUAGCAGAUGAUGUGCCCACUGCAACUGUUGGUGAUCAAGAUGUCCCAAAUCUUGAAUUGUGUUUAGUAAGAUAUGAGACACCCGAAUACAAUUCAAAUAAGAGAUUGAGGUUAGUUGAUGGGAGUCAAUCAUGUAGUAAGAAAUUGUGUUUCAACUUGGAACACACUGCAACUGUUGGUGAUCAAGAUGCACAUGUUGAAAUUGGUAAUGAAGGUGCAAAUAUUAGUGAGCAAGGUGCAACUGUUAGUGGUCAAGAUACACAUGUUGAAAUUGGUAAUGAAGGAGCAAAUGUUAGUGAUCAAGGUGCAGCUGUUGGUGAUCAAGAUACAGAAGUUCAUGAUCAAGGUGCAAAUGUUGGUGACCAAGAAGUAAAUACAAGAGAGUUUGAUACCUUUGAUGACCAACCAUUUCAAUUUGAAGACUUUGAUCCUUUCUUUGAUCAAUAUACUUUUAAUGAUGGUAAUGAUCAGAGUAUGGGUGUUGGUGCAGAACUUGGCACAGGACUAGGGGAAGUUCAAUUUGAAAGUGAGGGAGUUUGUGAAGGACUUGGUGAAGGAGGUAGUGAAGGGGUAGUGAAGGGGGUAGUGAAGGGAGUGAGGAAGACAGUGACUUUCUUGAAGAUGAAGAAAACUAUAGGAAAAGGUGUUGAGACUGAAAAUGAAGUUGUUGAUACAGAAGAUGUUGAAGAUGUUGAAGUAAUUGAUAAUGAUGAAUGGGACUCAUUAGGUGAAGAUAGUGAUGAUGAAAGAAGGAAAGCAAUAUUAAAACAGAUGGUGAAGGAGAAGAAGUGCUCUCUUGGUGAAGUCCAUACAGUUACUUUUCAAUGUGCAAUAGCAACCACAGUACCAGAAUUUGAACACUACAUGAAUGAACUUAACAAGUUUGAUAAGGAUGCUUUUGAGUGGUUGAAGAAAAUCCCCCCUCACCAUUGGGCCAGAAGCCACUUUUCAGGCAGAGCAGGAUCAGAUAUAUUGCUCAACAAUUUAUGUGAGGUGAACCUGAAAAACUUACCAGAAAGUUUGUUAGUGUUAGGUGUGGGAAAUGCAACAAUAGGGGUCAUAACUCAAGGACGUGCAAGGGUCAAGGUGGGAAUGCAGGAAGAAAUGAAGGAGGGAAUGCAGGAAGCAGUCAAGGAGGGAAUGCAUGAUGCAGUCAAGGAGGGAAUGGAGGUAUUUGACAAGCUGCAGGUUACUGAAUUUGGCGGUCUGUUGGCGGCUCCUAUAGAUGGUUUAUCCGUUAACUUCGCCAUUGAAGACCUCAAUUGA